AUGGUGAAGAGGAAAAGCUCAGAAGGCCAGGACCAGGAGAGCGGCCGAGGGGUUCCGCUGCCUAUCCAGACCUUCCUGUGGAGGCAAACCAGUGCAUUUUUGAGACCCAAACUGGGAAAGCAGUAUGAAGCUUCUUGUGUGUCCUUUGAAAGAGUUUUGGUUGAAAACAAGCUGCAUGGCCUUUCACCAGCUCUUUCUGAAGCCAUCCAGAGCAUUUCACGCUGGGAAUUGGUUCAAGCUGCCUUACCACAUGUCCUUCACUGCACAGCCACUCUGCUUUCCAACCGGAACAAGUUAGGCCAUCAGGACAAACUUGGUGUUGCUGAGACAAAACUCCUUCACACUCUGCAUUGGAUGUUGCUAGAAGCACCUCAAGACUGCAGCCAUGACCACUUUGGAGGAUCAGGAGACAGAGGGUCAAGCUGGAGAGGAAGCAGCAGUGCCUUUAUCCACCAGAUUGAAAACCAAGCAUCUCCAGGGCAAUCAAGAUGUGACAGUACCAAUGAAGAAGAAGAAAACAGCAGAAGGAAGUUCUUUCAGAAUUCAAUGGCCACUGUUGAGCUUUUUGUGUUCUUGUUUGCUCCUCUGGUUCAUAGGAUUAAAGAAUCUGAUCUGACCUUUCGUCUUGCCAGUGGUCUUGUCAUUUGGCAGCCAAUGUGGGAACACAGACAGCCAGAAGUCACUGCCUUUACUGCCCUUGUUAAGCCCAUCAGGAAUAUAAUCACAGCAAAGAGGAGUUCUCCAAUCAAAAACCAGGGUCUUACAUGUGAAUCUCCUAAUCUGGAUGCUGGGCAGUCUCUUUCUGGCCUGCAGAUAGUGUGUGAAUCAACAGAACCAGACUCCAUUCCACCAAGACGAGCCUUCCUGGGCUGCUACCGUGGAAAUUCCAUUGAUGGGAGCAUCUCAUCCCAAGCAUCUCAAGAGAAAGGAACCCCCUAUCCUCGGGUGUCUUUGGUGAUCCCACCAUGCCAAAAGUCCCGCUAUGCCACUUACUUUGAUGUUGCUGUAUUACGAUGCCUGCUUCAGCCACACUGGUCUGAGGAAGGCACACAAUGGUCCUUGAUGUAUUAUCUUCAACGACUGCGCCACAUGUUAGAAGAAAAGCCAGAGAAAUCAUUUGACCCAGAACUCCCACCAUUGCCAAGGCCACGCAGUAGUUCCAUGGUGGCUGCUGCUCCCUCACUAGUCAAUACUCACAAAACACAGGAUCUCACAAUGAAAUGUAAUGAGGAAGAAAAAUCAUUAAGCACCGAAGCUUUUGCCAAAGUAUCCUUAACUAACCUGCGGAGACCAGCAGUUCCAGAUCUCUCCUCUGAUUUGGGAAUGAAUAUAUUUAAAAAGUUCAAGAGCCGCAAGGAGGAUCGUGAGCGCAAGGGCUCUAUUCCUUUCCACCACACAGGGAAGAAAAGGCAGCGGCGGAUGGGAGUGCCCUUUCUUCUCCAUGAAGACCAUUUGGAUGUAUCACCUACUCGAAGCACAUUUUCUUUUGGCAGCUUCUCUGGGAUUGGCGAAGACAGGCGUGGCAUUGAGAGAGGAGGGUGGCAAACCACUAUUCUAGGGAGAUUUACUAGGCGGGGCAGCUCUGAUACAGCUACCGAGAUGGAAAGUCUGAGUGCUCGGCAUUCUCAUUCCCACCAUACUUUGGUUACUGACCUGCCAGACCACUCCAACAGCCACGGUGAGGUGAUAUUCAAGAUACGUUCCCAAAUUUCCACCAUCACAGUGGCCACCUUCAAUACCACGCUGGCCUCUUUCAAUGUGGGCUAUGCUGACUUCUUCAGUGAGCACAUGCGCAAGCUCUGCAACCAGGUGCCCAUACCAGAAAUGCCCCAUGAGCCCCUGGCAUGUGCCAAUCUCCCUCGAAGUCUGACAGAUUCUUGUAUCAACUAUAGUUGCCUGGAAGAUACAGAUCACAUAGAUGGGACCAGCAACUUUGUCCACAAGAAUGGCAUGCUGGAUCUUUCGGUGGUUCUUAAAGCAGUUUACUUGGUCUUGAAUCAUGACAUCAGCUCCCGGAUCUGUGAUGUGGCCCUCAACAUUGUGGAAUGUCUGCUUCAGCUUGGUGUGGUACCCUGUGUGGAGAAGUUCAGAAGGAAAAGUGAGAACAAAGAGAAUGAGACCAAUGAAAAGAGACAAAGUGAAACUUCCUUUCAACUCAAGGGGGCUUUGACUACCUCAGCAUCUGGAUUUGGGACUACUCCAAUCACUGGAGCAGGAGAUGGCAGUGGAGAAGGAGGAGGAGGAGGAGGAGUUGGAAGUGCUGCUGGAGGAGGAGGUGGUGGUGGAGGAGAUGGAGGAAGUGGUGGUGGUGGUGGUGGAGGAGGAGGAGGAGGAGGAGGGGGAGAAGGUGGCGGAAGAUCUUUUGAAAAGAAUGAUAAGAAGGAAGACAAGGAUGAAAAUACUCCAGUAAGCACUCAUAGGCUGGCUCUGACAAUGCUGAUAAAAAUUGUGAAGUCUCUGGGCUGUGCAUAUGGCUGUGGAGAAGGUCACCGAGGACUCUCUGGGGAUCGUCUGAGACAUCAGGUAUAAAACUUCAGAAGGAUGGAAAAGAAGUUGGCUCAGAACUGUCUUACAAAAUUAUAUAAACUGGAUAAGAUGCAGUUUCGUCAGACAAUGAGAGAUUAUGUGAACAAAGAUUCAUUGAACAACGUGGUGGAUUUUUUACAUGCUUUGCUAGGAUUUUGUAUGGAACCAGUUACUGACAACAAGGCUGGUUUUGGAAAUAACUUCACCACUAUGGACAACAAAUCUACAGCCCAAAGUAUUGAGGGCAUUAUUGUCAGUGCUAUGUUCAAAUCUCUAAUCACCCGCUGUGCCUCUACUACGCAUGAGCUCCAUAGUCCUGAGAACCUGGGUUUGUACUGUGACAUCCGACAAUUGGUACAGUUUAUCAAGGAGGCUCAUGGAAAUGUUUUCAGAAGAGUAGCUCUUAGUGCCCUUUUGGACAGUGCAGAAAAGUUGAUUCCAGGAAGAAAAACAGAAGAAAAUACUGAACAGGAACCCAAGCCACCAGGGAGUAAAAAAUCCGAAGUAGGAAGUGUUGUUAUUGAUAAAGGACAGCUGUCUUCUGCUCCUGAUGAAUGUCGCAGCUAUGUCUCAGGCCGUCCAAUGCAAACUCCUGAGCAUGAUGAACAAAUGCAAGGAGCAGCCUUAGGGCGCAAAGAUUUCUGGCGGAAAAUGUUUAAAUCUCAGAGUGCAGCUAGCGAUACCAGCAGCCAGUCGGAGCCAGACACUUCCGAAUGCACAACUGCACACUCAGGAAUGACCACAGAGAGGCGCUCCCGCUCCCGCUCCAGACGGAUCUCCCUGAGAAAGAAACUCAAACUCCCACUAGGGAACUGGCUGAAACGUUCAUCAAUUUCUGGUUUGGCAGAUGGUGUAGAAGAUCUUCUGGAUAUUAGCUCUGUGGAUCGUCUUUCUUUCAUCAGGCAGAGCUCCAGGGUGAAAUUUACUAGUGCAGUGAAGCUAUCGGAAGGUGGGCCUGGAAGUGGCAUGGAAAAUGGGCGUGAAGAAGAGGAGAAUUUCUUCAAGCGUCUUGGUUGUCAGACUUAUGAAGAUCAUCUGGCUUCCAACCAAGAGGGAAACAAAUCCAAGAAUGUGGUGAAUUUGGGAGCCAUUCGGCAAGGCAUGAAGCGGUUUCAAUUUCUCUUAAACUGCUGUGAACCAGGAACAAUCCCUGAUGCUUCUAUCCUUGCAGCUGCUCUUGAUCUUGAGGCACCAGUGGUGGCGAGGUCAGCCCUUUUCUUGGAAUGUGCUCGCUUUGUGCACCGCUGCAAUCGGGGCAACUGGCCAGAAUGGAUGAAGGGGCAUCAUGUGAAUAUUACUAAGAAAGGCCUUUCUCGUGGGCGUUCUCCAAUCGUGGGGAAUAAAAGAAACCAGAAGUUACAGUGGAAUGCAGCCAAGCUCUUCUACCAGUGGGGGGAAGCAAUUGGAGUCCGUCUCAACGAACUUUGCCAUUGUGAGAGUGAGAGUCCGGCCAAUCUGCUGGGCCUUAUUUAUGAUGAGGAGACCAAGAGGAGGCUGAGAAAGGAGGAUGAGGAAGAAGACUUUUUAGAUGACAGUACAGUAAAUCCCACCAAAUGUUGUUGUCCUUUUGCGUUGAAGAUGGCAGCAUGUCAGCUUCUUCUAGAGAUCACCACUUUUCUUCGAGAGACCUUUCCCUACAUGCCCAGACCACGUACUGAACCUCUUGUGGAUCUGGAGAGUUGCAGGUUGCGUUUGGAUCCUGAGAUGGAUCGACACAGGUAUGAGAGGAAGAUCAGCUUUGCUGGGGUUUUGGAUGAAAAUGAAGAUUCAAAAGAUUCCUUACACAGCAGCAGUCAUACCUUGAAGUCUGACACAGGUUGUGAAGAGAAGAAAGUUCCCAGCAGGAAGAUCAGGAUAGGAGGCUCCCGCUUGCUCCAGAUUAAAGGAACACGCAGUUUCCGGGUGAAGAGAGGGGGUUCCCUGUCCAGCAUUCGCCGGGCCGGCAGCCUAAAGAGCACCAAGUUAUCCCGUCAGGACUCAGAGUCUGAGAAUGAGGAGCUGCAGCUGUCCCACAGCAGGGACACUGUCACUGACAUAGAAGGAAGCCCUUGGAGUGCAAGUGAACCUAGUAUAGAACCUGAAGUGCUCAGCAGCACUGGAACAGAAGAUAACUAUCACCGGAAUAUGACGUGGCUACAUGUGAUGGUCCUGCUAUGCAACCAGCAGAGUUUCAUUUGUACCCAUGUUGAUUACUGCCACCCUCACUGCUACCUCCACCACAGUCGUUCAUGUGCACGUCUUGUCCGGGCCAUCAAACUUUUGUAUGGAGACACUGUGGAUUCACUUAAAGAAAAUAACUUAUUAAAUAAUGUGGCCAGAGGCAAAAAACAAAAAGAGUGUUCAGACAAGUCAUGCCUCAGAACACCCUCCCUGAAGAAAAGAGUGAUGGAUUCUAAUCUCGAAGGAAAAAAAGACUCUGGAAUGCUGAAAUACAUAAGGCAUCAGGUGAUGAGCCUGUCUCCAGCACCACUUUCACUGUUAAUCAAGGCAGCUCCCAUCCUCACAGAAGAGAUGUAUGGGGACAUCCAGCCUGCAGCAUGGGAGCUGUUGCUUAGUAUGGAUGAGCACAUGGCUGGUGCAGCAGCUGCCAUGUUCCUUCUAUGUGCUGUGAAAGUACCAGAGGCAGUUUCAGAUAUGCUGAUGUCUGAAUUUCAUCACUCGGAGGCAGUGCAGAGAUUGAAUGCCAUUCUCAAGUUCCACACUCUCUGGAGAUUUAGAUAUCAAGUAUGGCCUCGCAUGGAGGAAGGAGCUCAACAAAUCUUUAAGAUUCCUCCACCAAGUAUUAACUUCACCCUGCCCUCUCCAGUGCUUGGAAUGCCGUCUGUCCCUAUGUUUGACCCUCCAUGGGUUCCCCAGUGCAGUGGGAGUGUGCAGGACCCCAUCAAUGAAGAUCAGUCUAAGUCGUUUUCAGCCAGGGCAGUAUCACGUUCUCAUCAACGAGCAGAACACAUUCUGAAGAACCUGCAACAGGAAGAGGAGAAGAAACGUCUGGGCCGAGAAGCUAGUCUCAUUACUGCCAUACCUAUCACCCAGGAAGCUUGCUAUGAACCCAGCUGUUCCCCAAGCUCAGAGCAGGAAGAAGAAGAAGAAGUCACCAACCUGGCAUCACGCCGUCUGUCUGUGAGUCCAUCGUGUACUUCCAGUACAUCACAUAGAAACUAUUCUUUUCGACGUGGGUCAGUUUGGUCAGUGCGUUCAGCAGUCAGUGCUGAAGAUGAAGAGCAUACAGCAGAGCACACACCAAAUCAUCAUGUGCCACAGCCCCCACAGGCAGUGUUUCCUGCAUGCAUUUGUGCAGCUGUACUUCCAAUAGUUCACUUGAUGGAAGAUGGAGAAGUACGGGAAGAUGGAGUAGCAGUGAGCGCAGUGGCUCAACAAGUCUUGUGGAACUGUCUCAUUGAAGAUCCAUCCACUGUUCUUCGACAUUUCCUGGAGAAACUCACUAUCAGUAAUCGGCAGGAUGAAUUGAUGUAUAUGCUGAGGAAACUUUUGUUGAACAUCGGAGACUUUCCUGCUCAGACAUCCCAUAUCCUCUUCAAUUACUUGGUGGGACUGAUCAUGUAUUUUGUGCGCACACCAUGUGAAUGGGGCAUGGAUGCCAUUUCAGCCACUCUGACCUUUCUUUGGGAAGUGGUGGGUUAUGUAGAAGGACUGUUCUUCAAGGAUCUCAAACAAACUAUGAAGAAGGAACAAUGUGAGGUGAAGCUUCUGGUUACUGCCUCAAUGCCAGGUAUGGAAAGCAUUAUUUUUAUUUGCCUGGGGCUUUUGCUGGCAUUUGGUCUUUAUUUU